UGUCCCCCGGUCCCUCUGUCCCUCUGUCUCCCGGUCCCUCUGUCCCUCUGUCCCUCUGUCCCUGUGUCCCCUGGUCCCUCUGUCCCUCCGCCUCCGGCGCGGCCGCUCCGGGGCCAGCGCAGAGCCCGCCCCGUGUCAGGCACGGCAGCAGCGCAGCUCCCCCGGCUCCGGGCAGCAUUGCUGCUCUGCUGCUGCUCUGCUGCUCUGCUGCUCUGCCGCCGCUGUGCCGCCGCUGUGCCGCCGCUGUGCCGCCGCGGGCAGCGGCUGCCGGGCAGUGCCGGAGCCGGAGCAGCCCCGUGCGGGUCCCCCCGGGCUGCCCGGGCCGGGCGGGCUCUCCGUGCCGGGGCCGCGGCUGCCGGGACCAUGAAUUCCCCUGCUCGCACUGCCCGCGGCUCUGCAGCCACUUCGCGGGUCCAGAGAUGACUUUGAGCUGACUCGCCGAGGGACGCGACCCCAGCUUGCUAUGGAGGAUGAAUUUUAAGAUGAAUAACUACCUUGGCGAUACAUCCAAUACAUCGAUACCGGGAUAUUUCAAAGGCUCUGCACUGAAUUAUGACAAUUUUUCUGCAAACAACUCCAACGAGACAGGAAGCGACCUGGAUUCACCUGCCUUGGCCACCAGCAGGGCGAUCAUUGUGGGGCUGAUCCUCGGUGCCUUUAUUCUCUUUGCUAUCGUAGGUAAUAUCCUGGUCAUUCUCUCAGUGGCUUGCAACAGACAUUUAAGAAUCCCUACGAACUAUUUCAUCAUUAACCUGGCCAUAGCUGACCUGCUGCUGAGUUUCACUGUCCUGCCGUUCUCUGCCACGCUGGAGGUGCUUGGCUACUGGGUUUUGGGGAGGAUAUUCUGUGACAUCUGGGCAGCGGUGGAUGUGCUGUGCUGCACAGCCUCUAUUUUGAGCCUGUGUGCCAUCUCCAUCGACAGGUACAUCGGGGUGCGGUACUCCCUGCAGUACCCCACGCUGGUCACCAGGAGAAGGGCGAUUUUAGCUCUCCUGGGUGUCUGGGUCCUGUCCAUGGUGAUUUCCAUCGGGCCCCUGCUGGGCUGGAAGGAGCCGGCCCCGCAGGACGACAGGGAGUGCCGGAUCACCGAGGAGCCCUUCUAUGCCCUCUUCUCCUCCCUGGGCUCCUUUUACAUCCCUUUAAUCGUCAUCCUGGUCAUGUACUGCCGGGUCUACAUCGUGGCCAAGAGGACUACCAGGAACCUGGAAGCUGGGGUGAUGAAGGAAAUGUCCAACUCCAAGGAGCUGACCUUGCGGAUUCACUACAAGCACGUUCACGAGGACUCCUUGAACAACACCAAAUCCAAGGGUCACAACCCCAGGAACUCCUUAGCUUUCAAACUUUUAAAAUUCUCCAGAGAAAAGAAGGCGGCCAAGACGUUGGGAAUCGUGGUUGGCAUGUUUAUCCUGUGCUGGCUCCCCUUCUUCAUUGUCCUGCCGCUGGGAUCCCUGUUUUCAGCUCUGAAGCCCCCUGAAACGAUCUUCAAGGUGAUUUUCUGGCUCGGCUACUUCAACAGCUGCUUGAACCCCAUCAUCUACCCCUGCUCCAGCAAGGAGUUCAAGAGGGCUUUCAUCCAGAUCCUGAGGUGCCAGUGCCACCGGCGCAAGCAGCUGGGCUGGUGGCCCUACAGCUACAGAACCUGGAACCGCUGCUCCCUGGAGCACGCCCGCAGGGAUUCCCUGGAGGACAGCGGCAGCUUCCUGAGCGGCAGCCAGAGGACUUUAUCCUCGGCAUCGCCCAGCCCCGGCUACGUGAGCAGGAUCAGCCAGCCGCAGCUGGAGCUGUGCACGCUGCACGAGUGCAGGGACUGCAGCUCCCUGCUCAGCCCGGCCCGGCAGAGCGGCGGGCAGCAGGGCCACUGCCACUUCUUCACCUUCCAGCCGCUGCCCGAGCACAACGGGCACGGCCCCGCCGCCGGCCCGGGCUCCGGCCGGGAGCCCCCGGGCACGCCCUGAGCGGCGGCGCUGCCGGGAGAGCCCCGCUGGACGGGCGUUCCGAGCGCUCCGUGCCCUCCGCACGCUGCCCUGCCCGUGGCCGGCGAGGCCGCGGACCCCGCUGGAGCGGAGGAGAGCUCGGGAAGGAGCGGGAGGGACAGGAGGCUUCGUGCCACAGCGGUGCCCGGAGCAGGGGCUGCCCGGAUUCCCGGUAAUUCCCAGAGAAACUACUGAAGCCAGAGGGCAGGGAGGGUGCAGGGCCCAGGGAAGGGCACAAGGGACUCCUCAGGUGGCCUGGGAGAGCCGAACAGCCAGACACACCCGGGUGGAGAGAGGGUGACAUGGGGUGGGCAGGGAGCGGGGGUGCCCAGCUGGGCC